UUCCAGUUGUCUUAGAAAGCUCUCUGGCGAGCCCUUGCUGCGAGAAGAAAUGUUUUGACAGUCCUUGUGAGCGCAACGAGAAUGGCAAAAAGUCCUACGCAGUUUGUAGACAUCCAGACGGCGCCAGCUCAAGUAAACGGCUGUCAGGCUGUUACUCCAGGCUUGCUAAUAAGCAGCUUUGCAGUUGAGGCGUCGGAAAGCCAGCUAAGAGAGCAAGGAGUUACACACAUUUUACAGGUUGGGAUAGAGCUCAAGUCAUCACACCCUGGCAAAUUCGAGUACCUGGUGGUGCCCAUCCUAGAUGCCGAGGGCGUUGACCUGGUGGCCACGCUGCCGCCGAUGUUUGGCUUCAUCGAGGCGGCUGCCGCCAAAGGCGGCGUUGUGCUGGUUCACUGCAUGAUGGGCAUCAGCCGCUCCGCCUCCACCGUCAUCGCCUACCUCAUGUGGAAGGAGCACAUCGGCUUCGUGGCGGCGGCGGAGCGCGUGUACGCUGCGCGGCCCUUCAUCUCGCCCAACCCGGGCUUCGUGCUGCAGCUGCGGCUGUGGGAGAAGAUGGGCAUGGACUUCGCGGGCUGGCAGGGGUGGAGCAGGACAAAGUUCCUGGAGACCGUGGAGGAGUGGGGCGGCAUGAACGCGUGCAUGUUCGACAGCGUGAUGCGGGAGGGCGGCGUGAGCCUGGAGGCGGUGUCGCACACGCCGCGCCACCUGGGCUUAACGUCAGGGAGCCAGGGGCAGCUCAUCGUCCCCACGCCAGCGGUGAAGCGGAGACCCAUGCCCGUCAAGUUCCAGCACCGCUUCUGCUGCAUCAGCUAGCACGAGCUGCCGGUGGGGCAAUGCUGGCGGGCUGAGCGGCUGAAGCUGCCAUGCGCAAAACCCUUGCAGGUGGCUAGGCAGGGUUGACGCCCUGCGUUGUACAUGGCUCCAAACAUGAGCGGCAGCGGGACCCGGAAUGUGAGCGGUGCUGACGGCUGAUGUUGGGUGGCUGGGUGGGGCAGGCAUGGUCCCCACAUGGACAACUGGACUGGCGUGGCAGCUGGCAGUACCCAGACAACAGGAACAACGACUGGCUCAGUACUACGGAUUGGCUCAUUGUAGUAGGAAAUUGUAAUAGUAGUGUGCCGCAUCCUCAUGAACUCGAGAGAGUGAAGUUUUGGUGGAUGGUGAGCGAAGGGUUGAUGUGUCUAAUACACACUUGUACCUGUUGUUGGGUUGGGUCGCGCGAGUAGAAUCCUGGUCCCUGGUUCUCUUAGACGUAUGGUGCACCGCUUUGCACCCGUGUGGCAGAGCAUGCAUGGAUGGAGGUCCACGUAAUGGGGGUGCAGCAGUAUGUGCAACGGCUGAUGCCACGCGUAAGGUAUGGGGCCGCACUGAUGGUAUGGGUAAGCUGGGGUAGGAGGCAAGGUGCCAAACGCUUGGCUGUAUAGUUUUCCGCGAGUGAAUGCGGUGAACGACGCGUGUUGGUUGCGGGCGAGGUGAGGUGUAGUGUGCGCGCCCUGCUGCGCCAGGUGGCCGUUGUUCCUGUGCCCUGGUUUCGGGCCACCCGUGAUCCACAUCCUUUCUCUAGGGGCUGCUUGCCGUGUGGUUGCUAUUACGUGCGGAGGGAUGAGCGGGGUGAGUGGGUGUAUUGUAGAGAGGUGAUGGCGCCUGCCGGUGCGUCUGCGAGUGUGAUGGUUGUCUUGGCAGGGUGGCUGGCGGCUGCGGGACGCUUUUAUGGUCGUUAAUGCGACCAUGGCUGGACGCGGCUUGCCAUGUCCAGCCGGCGGUUAGCGCGGAUGCUGUCGGGCAGUAGCAGGAGACUGUGGGCCGGGCGGGGCUGUGCAAGCAGACAGGACAGCGGUAGCGCGCCGAGCAGACCGAAUGCCGAGCAGAGCGCACCGAAGAUUGUGUGAGUGGAUCGGGAUUCUGUGAGGCUGCUGGAGUGCUUCAUUUGAUCCACGCAACCUCACGCAUGUACGGUAAUAGUAACACC